AUGCAACACCAACUUAAAAUGGACGCAAACUUUGAUCUGCCAGAAAGACCUACAUCAGAUGAUGCCAUCAACUUAGCUAACCAUCUGUUGAAACAGUUCCGUAUCCCAACAAAGAUUACCAAAGCUGAGGAUAUUAGUUCAUCCCUGUUUGUUGUGUUGUACGAGUGUCUCUUUAGUGAUCGACUUCCAGAUGUUAUUCGUCAUCCUGUUUCAAAGGAUGAUGAAAUCCACAACUGCCAAAUUGUUAUCGAUGUUUUGUCUAGCGAUGUGAUCCAUGACAGCCUUAGCCAUAUCCGAGGAGUGGAUAUUGUGGCCGGAGAUUUGACUGCAAUCUUUAACCUGCUCGAUAUCUUCUCACACCUCUUGGAAUACGUCCUGAACAAGAUUGAAAGUGAUCAUGAAGAUACAAAGUCUGUACGUAGUCUAGAGACUAACUCUCAGGCCUCAACACCCUCCAGGAGAGCUGCAUCUGUCAGCUGCAGGAAGCUUCCCCAAGGAAUCAUCGCUCAAUCUGGCAG